UCGGUUGGCACCAUUCGAGCGAAGCGCGCCACUGCACUCGGUUGCUCUCUGCUGUACGUGCGUCAGCGCGAGCAUUUACGCAUGCAAGCGUCGUUUUGGUUUCAACCAAUCAGCGCCGAUGCAACCAACGUCAGAUAUCGAAGAAGCUCCGACAACAGCAAACGCAAGCAACGACAACCACCAUUCCCCUACAUUGGACUUUCGAAAUUUCGGCGACGGCGGAAGCCUCAAAGUCCAGAUAAAUAAUUGAAUAUUGAGUAUUUGAGCGCUAUAUGUAAAGUUAUUCGUGCAUAAUGUUCAAGCAGGUAGACAGACAAGCAGACUUACACGCGAUAGACGCGAGUGUGAGGAACACGUUCAAGUGGUCAUGGCUCGAAGAAAAGGACGUGAACGGAGAUUUUUUGUCUGACUACAUUCGGAAGGUCGACAAACCUGGGCUUGCUAUCUGCAUUUGGUGCAAUGAUACCCUUAGGUACGGAUCAUCAGGGAAGAAGGAUUUAAAAACCCACUCAAAGAAGGCGAAGCACAAUGCUGUGAGGAAAUCCUUGCAAACAAACCAGUCCCUUCCUGCAAUGUUCAGUGCAACCAAAGCCCUGAAUGAAGGAACAACUUCCAAGGCUUCAUCCAGUCUGCCAUACGGAGCUGCACCGAAUAUACUUGACAGUAGCAGCUGCUCUGAGCUGGUUCAGCCACCGCGUCCAGACAUCAGUAUUCAGGACAGAAAAGCUCACUUAGAAGCAAUGACACUAGCAUUCAUCUCCGAACACUCACUGCCACUGACUUUAAUACCUCGCCUCAUCAAUUUUGCACAGGAGUUUGGAAGAGAUCCCAAAGCAAGCCAAGGAAUGAAAAUGGAGAGGACCACAGCUUCAUAUAAGCUCAAAGACGGUCUUGCAGAAGUUUUGCAUAAACGACUCAGGAGAGCUGAAGAAUUGAAAGUGACUGACACAACACAGCGGAAUCCUUCCUCAAAGGUGACUAUUCAUCAAUUAGCUAAGAAGACGAAGAAGACUAUAAUGAGGCAUUCACAGGAGAGCAAAAGGAAACGAGCAGAGUCUGACUGCAGUGGAUCUUCAAAGAAAAAUGCAAAAAAAUCAAAACAUGUUUAAAUCACAGAAC